CGCCUCUCUCCCCCUUGCGUACUUGCAUCUCCAGCUUUUCAGCACUGGUUGGGCGGGUGUUGCGUCUUCUUUCUUCUGCGCCUCCGGCUCCCGGUGGGGCGCGAGGGGAAACCAGGUCAUCAACGCCGAGACAGAAAAACCGGCUUGGGAAGUGGGACUGAUUUAGGUGCUGCUGCUGCCCAUCAGGCUGGGAGGUUGAAAAGGAAACGGAGGAGUCUCUCUGGCACCUCACUUCACCCGUUCGGGCACCUUAAUAACAAGCACCGAUUAGGGAAGAAAACAGGCCGGAGCUGCAGCAACGACAACCCUUGAUUCCGGCUGCGGAGUUGUUUUCGAGUGGACAACUUGUGUAGCAUGGUUCCAAAACAGAAAGAAACCCUGGAGGCUUACUUUCAGUUUUUUCUAUAAAUAACAACAACAACACAACAACAACAACAGAAAUGAAAUUCUAACAAAAGAAGAUCUGUGAUCCUUGUAUCUGCACUUAUAUUUGAAACAAAUAUGAUUUCUCUCAUCCUGCUGAUUCUUGUCUCUAGGGCAAAUUCUAAGUAUGCAAGCAGUUCUUUUUCUUCAACUUUUUGAUCCAAGUGACACUGGAGAAGGAGAAGAAUGAGAAUGAUUACUUUCUUUUGACUCCCAGCAGCAUGUCAGGGUACAUACCCAGUUAUUUAGACAAGGAUGAGUUAUGUGUUGUUUGUGGUGACAAGGCGACUGGAUAUCACUAUCGUUGUAUCACUUGUGAAGGUUGCAAGGGUUUUUUCCGAAGAACAAUUCAAAAAAAUCUUCAUCCAACUUACUCCUGUAAAUAUGAAGGAAAAUGUGUGAUAGACAAAGUUACAAGAAACCAGUGCCAGGAAUGUCGCUUCAAGAAAUGCAUCUAUGUUGGCAUGGCAACAGAUUUGGUGUUGGAUGACAGCAAACGAUUAGCGAAAAGAAAACUGAUUGAGGAAAAUCGGGAGAAAAGACGUCGAGAAGAAUUACAAAAAACAAUAGGAGUGAAACCGGAACCAACUGAUGAAGAAUGGGAGCUUAUUAAAAUUGUUACAGAAGCACAUGUGGCCACAAAUGCACAAGGAAGUCACUGGAAACAGAAAAGGAAAUUUUUGCCAGAGGAUAUUGGACAAGCACCAAUAGUAAAUGCCCCAGAAGGUGGGAAAGUAGAUUUAGAAGCUUUCAGCCAGUUUACAAAAAUUAUCACACCAGCAAUCACAAGAGUGGUGGAUUUUGCCAAAAAGUUGCCUAUGUUCUGUGAGCUGCCAUGUGAAGAUCAAAUUAUACUUCUGAAAGGUUGUUGCAUGGAGAUCAUGUCCCUCAGAGCAGCAGUGCGCUACGACCCAGAAAGUGAGACCUUAACACUAAAUGGAGAAAUGGCAGUAACAAGAGGCCAGUUGAAAAAUGGGGGUCUUGGUGUAGUAUCAGAUGCCAUUUUUGACUUGGGUAUGUCACUAUCAUCAUUCAACCUUGAUGACACGGAAGUUGCUCUUCUUCAGGCUGUACUGCUGAUGUCUUCAGAUCGCCCAGGUCUUGUCAGCAUUGAAAGAAUAGAAAAGUGUCAAGAAAGCUUCCUUUUGGCGUUUGAACACUAUAUUAAUUACAGAAAGCACCAUAUUGCACACUUUUGGCCAAAACUGCUAAUGAAAGUAACAGACCUACGAAUGAUUGGAGCCUGCCAUGCUAGCCGCUUCCUGCACAUGAAGGUGGAAUGCCCCACAGAACUCUUUCCUCCUUUGUUCUUGGAAGUGUUUGAGGAUUAAAAAGACUGGAAAGAUUCUCAGAGAUUCUAUAGCACUACUGGGUGUCAUUUCAUUCCAUUGCCUAGUUUUUUCUUCUUACUUUUGGUCCAUUCCCAUUUUGUACCACCUCCUUUGGAGGAUUAUUUUUAAUAGGCAUGAAUGAAUGAAGAUAUCCCUUCAAUGCGGGUACUUGUCACAAUUGCGUUUUUUGUGUGUCCAUUACUCCUUUCGAUGUGAAUCCUUCAAGAGUUUAACCUCAAGAAUUUUAAGUUUAUUCACCAGCACUCAGGUGACCCAUGUUUAUAAUUGUUUGGAAAGAUAUGGGUAUAAAUAUAUAAAUAUAAAUAAAUUGAGAAAGCAAGAAAAUGGAUAGAUAAAUUCUGCCAUAUUUUAUACAGUAUUAACUCACUUUCUGGACAUGAGACUUCUGCUGAGGAAUUCAAAACAAUCUAGCAAGUCUUAAUCUUGCUGAAGAUCAAAUGCAAUCAGUUGCAGUUAUAUACAACUUGAAAUAUAAUUCAGAUAUAUUGAGUUCACUGUAGUGUGCUCCCAGAUUGCAAAUUUAGCUAUGCCUAAUUUCACCUUGCCAUGCUUAAGAAUAGAUAGUUUUAUCCAAGUAAAACUUCCCACCAUAAUCAUAAUUUCAUCAUCAUUUUCAGGUUGUUAUGAGUAUUUUAGAAAUUCAAUUGCAGGUAAUCCUCACUUAAUGGCUGCCCUGUUUAGCAAGUGUUCAAUUAUAGUGCUACUGAAAAAGUAACUUUAUGAUUGAUCCUUGCACUUAUGACAUUGCAGCAUCCCUAAAGUUAUGUAAUUCACAUUUGAGUGCUUUACAAUGAACAUAGCAUUCCACAUGAUUGCUAUUUGUGCAUUUCAAGCCAGCUUCCAUCAAGCAGAGUUAAUGAAAAAGCCAGCAUUAAAAUCACAAGUCGCAGUUGUGUGAUAUCUUGCUUUAAUGACCAUGGGUGAUUUGUUUAGCAGUGUGAGUGACACCUUAAAUCCAACACAGUCGUGUGAUGCUUCUCUUAACCACCCUGCCUAUCUGAAUUGUGGUUGUUUAGUGAGGACUACCUUUGUAAAAAGCUCCAGAAUGCAGUCAGAGUCCUAUUUUUUUCCCAGGUGAACAUAGCUUAUCAUUUCCUCUUAUUCAGUCCAAAAGCAAAAACAAUACAGGAAGAAAUAAGUACAUUUAAAUUUUCCCCAGAGCCAAGGCCCCUGAUCUCUUUUCUUCUAAAUGGUAAUUUGGAUAAAUUAGAGUCAUAGUUAACUAUAUUUCUCCCAUUUGCCCAAAAUUAUUUUGAGUCAGUAGCAAGACAAGUUAUUCUGUGCCCUUGCCAUUUAUGUUUUUAAAUAUUCACAUGAUAAUGACUUUAAGGGAUACCUUUAUUCAGCCAUUUUGUCUUUUAUAGUGAAUGCAAUUCCUAAACCAUAAAAAUAUGUGCAAUGAAUUCUUCCCAAUUUAAUAUGAUACAUAAGAAAGGUUUUCUCUGUCUUUCCCCCUGCCAACUCAACAAAAAUUAAUUCCAGUUGUCUGUAAUAAAUCUUUCCACUUCGUUCUGUAUAUCCUUUUUCUGUAUACCGUCACCCUUCCAGUGACUGUAAUCAGUAACUUGAAUCCCAGGAUUUGUGAAUCUCCUUUUAUACAGCCAAGAGUUAUGGGCCUUUAACUUUUUAUGAACAAAGUGUCACAUGCUAUGACCGUGUUGGCAAACCUAUGGAACGUAUGUCGGAAGUGGCACGCAGAACCAUCCUGUGAGGGAUGCGCGGCCUCGCUGGCUCCUUGUCUGCGUUCCUGUGCACAUACACGUGCCGAUCAUCUGGCCUUUGCGUGCGCAGGAUCGCCAAAACCUGGAAGAACAACGUUCCAUCGUGCAUGCGCAAGCUGGCACCCGAAUAUCCAGGUUUAUGUCACGCGCAUGCGCGAUGGUCAGCUGUUUGUUGGGCAUGCAUCCGUGCUGGAAACCAGAAGGUUGGGGUGCUGGCUUGUACAUGCAUGAUGGAACACUGCUUUUCCAGGUUUCAGUGCUCCCACACGUGCAAAGACAAGCAAGGUCAUGCGAUCCAGGCGGAUGGUUUUGCGUGCCAUUUGCGGCACGCAGGCCAGCAUGCAAUGACGUAAAAGGUUAGCCAUCAUUGUGCUAUGACAUGGAAAUCCAUUUAAAGAAAAAAGAUUUGACAGAAUGUAAAUUGUUAGGUACACUCAUUUUGAAUCUUAUUCCAAAUGAAUAGCUGAAAUUCUAGAUUCCAAAUCAUUUUGUCCUCUUUAGUAAUGUUUGCACUCAGGUAGACUGUCACUGUGGAAAACAUUUGAAUUAUAAUAUUGUUUUCAGCCAUGGUUAAUUCCAUUGAGAACAGAAGUCUUUUCGAUGUAUUGUAUUUAAGUUAUUUUCAGUGGCUUAAAUACACUUGAUUUUACAAUCUACAAAUGGUAGUCCUUGUCAGUAAAUGUCAAAUCAUACAGUAAAACUUUCAGUCUAUAUGAAUUAGAGAGAAGAAAUGCUUCUUAAUGGCAGGCUGGCUUCAGUGUUUUAGUUUUUACAAAACAAAUGUCAACAUACCAGAUUGGUUUCUGUAAAACGUUUUUGGUUCUAUAGCAACCUAAAUCAGGAUGCUAGUGAGUUUGUCUUAUCAAGGAUUGUUUCUCCCCUGGAUGAUAUAUUCUAUGGCAGGGGUCUCCAAACUGUGAGCCAUGGCCCACUACCCACUAUUCAUAAUUGGGCCGAGUGAGUGGUGGGCCAGUGCAUGCGUGCAGCCCAACUCAUACGAAUGGCAGGUGCAAGCACUCGCAGCCCCAAUCACAUGAGUGAUGGACACUGCCACUCACAGCCUCACUUGGACAAGUGUUGGACACUAGCGCUUGCAGCUCCACAUGCGUGAGCUCCACACAAAUGAAACUGUGUGUGCAUGCAUGCGCAUACCUCCCCUCACACCAUCCCCUCUUCCCUCCCUCCCCCAUGCUGAAAAGGUUGGGGAAUGCUGUUUUCUGGGGCUUCAUGGGCAAAGGAUGAAUCAUGUUCCUUUGUUAAACUAGGUAUGCAUACAGAAUAGGCAUAUAAGGAUAUUGUCAUCGGAGAGAUUUUUAUAGACUAUGCAGUUUCUUAUCUUGUACAAAUUUCUGAUAACAUAAAUAUUUACAUAAUGUCAGAGUUGACUACUAGCUUGAGAUCUCUAAAAAUGGUUGUCCAAAAACAUAGUUGAAUCAACUUGAUUUUUUUCCCAAAAUGCUCACAUUUGCCUAGUCAAAAUAUCUGUGAAGAAUUUUGGUGGCAGUCAGCCCAUUUGAUAAGGAAAAAAAAUGAAAAUGUACCAUAUAUUUGUUAUUUUUCUUCAAUUCUACCUUCUCAGAAUUCAGAGGUGUCCACAAGACUGAAUGUUUUCAUCAAAAUAAUGACAGCAUUGCACUAUUGUGUUGCAAACUUCAGUUCUUUUCACACAUGUGUGCUGUGUCAUGACAUGUGAACAUAAGAGGUGGAGCUUAUGGUAGAAUGCUGCUUUUAUCACAUGACCUCCUUCACAAAAGCUUUUGUUGCAAAGGUGCAUUGUGCGUUAAACUCCCAAAGUUACUGGUCAACAUGCCAGAAGAUCACCAAGUUGCAGAACUAUAGAGAGGGGAUUUUUCUCAUUUUCCUAUGCCAUUUUUAUUUUUAAAUCGCCAUCUCUUUUUUACUUUGCUAUAGAAAAAGCAUGAUGUGCAUAUCUAUUAUUAACUUUAUAGGUAAGAUUAUAUCCUAGCUGCAAACAGAUACUAUUUCUAAAAUCUUUUAAGUAAAAUCUUCCCUGCCCCAAAUAUAAAUAUUUAUAUUAAUGUUUACUUCCGUGUAAAAUCAUAACCUAAAAUCAUAACCUAAAAGCAAAGGGGCAUCCAGUAAGGACUAGAGUACCUCACUUAACCUGUGGUUAAGUUCCCAGUGGAAAUGUUGAGAUUUUCUUCAAAAUAAAGUAAUAAAUGGUAUCUAGGGUAAUUUUCAGAAAAACUCCAAAGUUUUCCUUUGUUGAAAGGGACAAAGAAAGAAUCUUGGAUCCAACCUGAUAACUCCACAGCUUUUCAAUAAUUUAUUACUAUAAGAAGAAAAUAUCUACUCCCAAACAUUUAUUUUGAUCAAUAAGGAAUCUCCCUAUUACUGUGGAACAGUUCCACUCUAGAAAACUAUAAUAUGCUAUGUUUAAAACAUAUAACAAGCUAAGAUCACAAUCUAAUGAAUGCUAUGUUUUGAUUUGCAUUAGCUCAUUAUGGUGUGAUAUUCUAAAUCUUAACCCACAUUUAAACAUAAAUACAUGAAAUUGUCUCAUAUUUGGUUUUUAAUGUGCUUUGUGCUAUUUUUUUUUUUAAUUUGAUUUAUAUGCCGCCCUUCUCCGAAGACUCAGGGCGGCUUACAAUGUGCUCAGCAAUAGCCUUCAUCCUUUUGUAUAUUUAUACAAAGUCAGCUUAUUGCCCCCACAACUGGGUCCUCAAUUUACCUACCUAUUCAGAGUGUAACAAUCCAUUUGGAUGACAAUCCCAGUGAUCAUUCAUCAAAACUCAAGAGCCAUAUUUUGAUUUCUAGAAGCUUAAUUUCUCAACAUCAAUGGAUAUCCCAUCCCCAGGAUUCCAGUUGUUUUUCUUUUUUCAUGUGUAAGUGUGCUCAUGUUAUAAUGGUUUCUAUUUUUAGUCACACCAGAGAAACAUAUUAUUUUAAGUUAUUAGAAUCUGAUACCUCAGGUUUCUUUUUGACAAAUAAAGUGAUCCCAAUCCUUCAAGUACUGGUAUAAGAUUUUAAGAAACAUCUGGCAGCAUCUUCAGCUUUAGCUUUCAUAAUGUUUACUAGGAGUGGUAAAUUGUACACUCAUUUAUUCUCUGUUGGGAGCUGUUUUCACUGACUACAAAACAUCUGAAUUUUUGACUAUGCAGCUUUAAUUCUGAUUGUUUAUGAUAUUCCAUGCUGUUCUAGUUUGUUUUCUGCUGUAGGUAUAGUAUCAAGUGGAGCAUUCUACAAAAUAUUAUUUCUCUUUUUAAAAAUAAUUAAUGUUUAAUUAUUGUUUAAUUUGCUUAAUGUGUGUCCUGCUCUAAAUGAUAAAUAUUUAAGCUGCUGUGGGUUUGAUGUUGCAAUUGAGUUCCAUAGUGUUUGUAAAUUGGGAAAGUGGAUAGUGAUGGACUCUACAGUGACUUAGCCAUUUUAAAAACAACAGCACUGUGCCAAAAUAUAGGUGUCAGAAUCAGACACUGAACGUUUGUGAUUUAUCUUUGUGUUAAUGUGCUGCAGUGGAAUUAAAAAGGCAAUGCAAAGUCAAAAGAAAAAUGGUUGAUUUGUGGAAGGAAAUCCAUCCAUGCAGCCCUAUAGACUACAAGAUGACCACAUUGUUGUUAGUGAAAUACUUUAUGAUAUGUAAUCUUAAAAUGUAGAUAUCAUAUUGAUAUGCCACAUAAAUUGUCAGUAACAUCAUUCUUAAGGUUUUUAAAACUUAAUGUUUUUCAGAUGGAGCCAAUAUUUUUUGUAGGAUUAGGCUUUUAUAAUCUAUAUCCUCUGCUGGAAAUUAGAAUCAAAACCUGUGAGACUCAUUCAGUUCUUGCUUUAUUAGAAAACAAGUGCAGUCCAUAGGAUUUUCAAAAAAGAUGAAUAAAAUGGGCAAGUCACUAUCAGCCAUUUGUGCCAGAACAAGUUUCUGCCUCAUUUUGAUAGUUAAGAAAAAUGUUGAUAAAGUUGUGCACUCAUUCAUGAUCUACUAAGAAAUAUUUCUUUGCUUGCCUUUUUGCAGCUUUGAAAUAGCAAGACAUACAUUAAUAGUGUAAUUUAUCAGAAAUUUCCUCAUGAUAUUAGGUUGAUAUGACCCUUAUGUAAAAUUUUAUAGAGACAUGAUAUCCUAGAUAGGAGAGAUUUAUUUUCAUCAAACAAAAAACAAGAACUAAUUUAAAAUAAAAUAGGCUUACUUUUUAAAACAUACAAACAUAAAUAUAGAUUACUACAAUUUUAAAAAAGAUUUGGCCUUUCACUAAGUUUUUACUGUGUUGUAUAAGUGCUAUCAAAUGCAGAGUCUGCCUUGCUUCUGUGUCUUAAUCCUCAUUUAACUAUGUUGCCUUCAGAAGCAGUAUUGUGCAGGUAAAAAGCUGUUCGUGACUAUCUGUUUUUCACAGUUUAACUUUAUAAAGCUAAUUGUUAUUUAUGCACAAGACAAUCAAAUGUAAAUCUACAUCCAGGUAGAUGGAAUUGAUGUAAAUUAUUGAGCACAAUGUAAAACAUUAAGACAUUUUUUAUUUUGCAACUGAAAUUAUGAAAGUGAGAAAUAAGAUCAUACCAUGGAUUGAAAAAACAUUUAAUUUUUUAAAUUAUUUUUUCCUUAUGUCAAUUAUUUUAGAAUUCCACAAAAUUAUGUUUUGUUUCUUUUCAUUUUAUUAAGAUGGAUGCUGCUGAGCUUUGGAUUAGCAUUGUUAUGGUUUGGAUUUCUUCAGACUGUUUGGAAGUAUACAGAUUUAUUAGAAAGGCUGAAGAUUCUGGGAUAAAAUUUAAGUGUUUUGUUUGUUUUGUUGGUUUUUUCCCCUUUCAAACAGUGUUAAAUAUAUGCUAGAUGAGUAAUAUUUUUUUCAGCCUAAAAACAAUAUUAAAUAUGUGAUCAUAAAUGUUUUAAACUACCUGAAGAGAAAUUUGUAUAUUUGGGAAAAGAAUAUAAUUUUUACAUAGCUUUUGUAUGCAGAUAUUAAUAUGCAAUUAUGACUAUAGUGAGCAUAGAUUAUUAUGUAAGCUUGAAUUCUAAAAACAAACAUCUUACAAUUGA